UUUUCUCCUUCUUAUUCUUUACCUUCUUCACUGACCUGUCCAAACUCUUUUCUUCCCUCUUACUUUCUUCCAUUCUCACUGUACCCUCUCGCCUUCUCAGGAUCUACUCAUCGUUUAGCUCUUCUCAAAAACAAAAAAAAAAAAUAAAAAAAUACACUCAUGCUUUAGUUCUUUGUUUUCUCUCAGGAGCACUGAAAUUUCUAGGAAGUGGAAGUACUCUGAAAAAUAUAAUAAAACAGAGCAGUGGAAGUUUCUUGUAAUAUUUCCUAAAAGGAGCACUGAAAUUUCAUCACUUCCAAAUUUCUAGGUCCUCUCCAAAUUCUCUUCUCAGUCUUCUCUCUCUUCAUUUGCAAAUUUCAGAUUGGAUUCGACGCAUUUUCAAAACUACGCAAGUCAGGUUGGGGAUCAAUGGACAUGGAAACGGACUCGUCAUCUUUCCCAAGUUCUUCUUCUUCUGCUGCUGCCCGAUGGAAUUAUGACGUCUUUCUCAGUUUCAGAGGCGAGGACACCCGCUACAAUUUUGUGGGUCAUCUUUAUGAAGCUUUGAGACAAAAAGGCAUUCACACUUUUAAAGACGAUAAAAACCUUGACAGAGGAAAACCCAUCUCACCAGAGCUGUUGAAAGCAAUAGAGGAGUCGAGAUUUGCUAUCGUCAUUAUCUCAAAAGACUACGCAUCUUCAGCUUGGUGCUUAGAUGAACUUGCACACAUCAUACACUGCAAGAAAAAGACGGGAAUGACAAUUCUACCUGUUUUUCACAAUGUGGAUCCAUCCGAUACACGGAAACGAACUUUUGAGCAAGCAUUUAUUGAACAUGAAGAAAAGGGGAACAAAGAGAGGGUGGAGAAAUGGAGAGAAGCUUUGAAAGAAGUGGGCAAUGUCGCUGGAUUUCAUUUAAAGAAUACUAGGUAUGAGACAGAAGACAUCAAAGACAUCAUGGGAUGGAUAUCACUUCACUUGAAAUAUGAUGCAUUCCCUUACAUUACUAGGGACCUGGUAGGAAUAUACUCUCGAAUGGUGGAAUUGGAGUCGUUAUUAGCUAUAGGGUCAAACGAUGUUCGCUUUAUAGGGGUUUGGGGAAUGGGGGGAAUGGGUAAGACAACUCUUGCUAGAGUUGUUUACCAUAUGGUUUCUAAAGAAUUUGAAGCUUAUAGUUUUAUUGAGGAUGUUAGGGAAAAUUCUGAAAAACAUGGUUUAGUUGGACUACAACAGAAACUUAUUUCUAAUAUUUUGGAGGAAACAGAUUUGAAAGUUAGAGAUAAGUAUGAUGGAGUUCUCAAGAUCAGGAAUAGGUUAUGUCGUAAAAGGAUUCUUCUUGUUCUUGAUGAUGUAAAUAAAUUAGACCAGUUAGAAAAUUUAGCUUGGGAGCAUGAUUGGUUUGGUCCGGGUAGUAGAAUUAUCAUAACAACAAGAGAUGUGCAUAUGUUGAAAACGCAUAGAGUUUAUAAAACAUAUGAAGUUAAAGGAUUGUAUGAUAAAGAUGCUUUACAACUUUUUUGCUCAAAAGCUUUUAGAGAAGAGCACGUCCCCCCAAAUGAUUAUUUAGGGAUGUCCAAAGAAGUUUUAAAAUAUGCUGCUGGUCUGCCUUUAGCUCUUAAGGUUUUGGGUUCCUUCUUGUUUGGGAAAAGUACCAUUUUAUGGAGAAGUGCAUUGGAGAGGAUCAAAGAAAAUCCUAAGAAAGAAGUUUUCAAUGUACUUCAAAUAAGUUUUGAUGGACUCGAUGACUUAGAUAAGGAAAUAUUCCUGCAUAUUGCAUGCUUCUUUAAUCAUGAGGAGAAGGAUCAUAUAGUAGAAGUACUAGAUAGUCUUGGCCUUCACCCUGAUAUUGGAUUGCAGGAACUCAUUGAUAAAUCUCUCUUGAAAAUUGAUGAUAAAGGUAUAUUGAGGAUGCAUGAUUUACUUGAAGAAAUGGGUAAGAACAUAGUUUGUCAAGAGUGCCCUAAUGAUUGUGGGAAGCGUAGUAGAUUGUGGCGUUAUGAGGACAUUGAAAACGUGUUGAAAAAAAAUAAGGGAAUAGAAAGAGUUCAAGCCAUGCAUAUUUUGCGUAAUUAUGAUGAUGAAGUAAAAGAGACAUGUUGGAGCCCUGAGGCUAUUUCGCAGAUGUACAAUCUUAAAUUUCUUAGCAUUGAUGGUGUUUUCCAUGUUCCUCAACAUCUUCCAAAUUCUUUAAGAGUUCUUUGUUGGAGGUAUUAUCCUUCAAAUUCUCUACCAUCAACUUUUCAGCUAGAUGAGCUUGUUAUGCUUCAUUUGCCAGAGAGCAGAAUUGAACAACUUUGGAUAGGACUAAAGAAUUUUGACACGUUGAAGUUCAUCGACUUGUCAGAAUCGGGCCUGAUUAUAUCCCCGGAUUUCACUGGAGUCCUAAAUCUUGAGAAAUUAACACUUUCAUAUUGUCAAAAUUUACGUGAGCUUCACCCAUCUGUUGGACUUCUUAAAAAGCUUGUUCUUUUUCAUCUAAAUUCUUGCGAAAAUCUUAUGUGUCUUCCUAGCACCAUUUGUAGCUUGAAUUCGCUUCAACAUCUUUAUCUUUGUGGGUGCUCAAAUAUUGACAACUUGCCGGAGAACCUAGGGAAUCUCAAAGGUCUCUGUCAUCUUGAUUUGAGUGGAACAGCUAUAAAAGAGUUUCCUUCAUCAAUUGAAGGCUUGACGACCCUUGAUUCAUUGACUCUCAAAGAUUGUAAGAAUCUUGUGUGCCUUCCUAGCACCAUUUGUAGCUUGAGUUUGCUUCAACGUCUUAAUCUUUGUGGGUGUUGGAAUUUUGACAACUUGCCAGAGAACCUAGGGAAUCUCAAAGGUCUCUAUGAUCUUGAUUUGAGUGGAACAGCUAUAAAAGAGUUUCCUUCAUCAAUUGAAGGCUUGACGACGCUUAAUUUAUGGACUCUCAAAGAUUGUAAGAAUCUUGUGUGCCUUCCUAGCACCAUUUGUAGCUUGAGUUCGCUUCAACGUCUUAAUCUUUGUGGGUGCUCGAAUUUUGACAACUUGCCGGAGAACCUAGGGAAUCUCAAAGGUCUCUAUGAUCUUGAUUUGAGACGAACAGGUAUAAAAGAGCUUCCUUCAUCAAUUGAAGGCUUGACGACCCUUAAUUCAUUGACUCUCGAAGAUUGUGAGAAUCUUGUGUGCCUUCCUAGCACCAUUUGUAGCUUGAGUUCGCUUCAACGUCUUAAUCUUUGUGGGUGCUCAAAUUUUGACAACUUGCCGGAGAACCUAGGGAAUCUCAAAGGUCUCUAUGAUCUUGAUUUGAGUGGAACAGCUAUAAAAGAGUUUCCUUCAUCAAUUGAAGGCUUGACGACCCUUGAGUCAUUGACUCUCAAAGAUUGUAAGAAUCUUGUGUGCCUUCCUAGCACCAUUUGUAGCUUGAGUUCGCUUCAACGUCUUGAUCUUUCUGGGUGCUGGAAUUUUGACAACUUGCCAGAGAACCUAGGGAAUCUCAAAGGUCUCUAUGAUCUUGAUUUGAGUGGAACAGCUAUAAAAGAGCUUCCUUCAUCAAUUGAAGGCUUGACGACCCUUAAUUCAUUGACUCUCAAAGAUUGUGAGGAUCUUGUGUGCCUCCCUAGCACCAUUCGUAGCUUGAGUUCGCUUCAACAUCUUAAUCUUUGUGGGUGCUCGACUUUUGACAACUUGCCGGAGAACCUAGGGAAUCUCAAAGGUCUCUAUGAUCUUGAUUUGAGUGGAACAGCUAUAGAAGAGUUUUCUUCCCAAAGAUUGUAA